AUGGAUCCCAACACUGGCUAUCCCGCCAGCUAUCCCGUCCCGACUCAGAGCCCCCAAAAUCAACAGAUGCCAUUCUACCCUAACCCAGCUCCCCCAUACCCUCAGUCCAAGACACCGUCCACUCAACAAUUUGGGGCCAUGCCAAUGCAGCCUGGACCUGGUGGAUCUAUGGUUCCUUCAGGCUUUCCCCAAUCCUCUGAAGGCAUAUCCACAGCACCAAUGGAAAACUAUCCAGCGCCCUUCACCCAAGCCCCCAUGCCCGGUCCCAUGGGACAAUUCGUCCCCCCUCAAGGCACCUCCGGCGCAAAUAUGCCAUCUCAAGUAGCACAGACUUUCUCCCAAAACAUGGCAUCCAUUUCAGCCAACAACUUGCUCGGCACACAACCCAAGCCCCCUUCGCAGAUAAACUCUCCACAAAGCGGCGCGUCCCCCGCGGCGUCAGCCCAGGCACAAGCUCAGGCCCAGGCCCAGGCGCAUGCACAGGCGCAAGCACAAGCGCAAUUUGCGGCUCGUGAAAAGGCUCGUGUCGCAGUUCUCCUCGAUAUAAACUCCGCUCUUCUGGAGGAGGUGGUGAAUCUCCAAACCGCUGGCAAGGCUGGUCCUGCUUCCAAUCCGGACACAAAUUCACCGGCACCUGAGCCGGCGGAUGCCUCCAAGGCAAAUCAGAAGCCAAGUCAAGAAUAUAUGGAUUGCAUGCGCCGUUUGCAAGCCAACCUUGCCUACCUUGCGACCAUCGCUGAUCGAGCGAAGAAGGCAGGGGGUGUCGUCCCCCAGACACCGGCUAUCAUGACACCGCCUUCCAACAUUCCGGCUCUGAACGAUUUAUACGCCAAACUCAACGAACUCUUUCCUCGAUCUGGAAAGACCUCCACGCCCCAAAGACUCAGCCCGAACGGGGGACCGAGCCCACGAGCUAUGAACGACUCGGUUGUUUGA